AUGCAGAUGACAUUUGUGCCUGCAUUAAGCAGAGAAUUCCGCCCAUAUAAGCCAGAUCCAGCUCCAUUGCUUCAUAUUUGCUCCACUUGGGACAUUCCACCAACCGAGGUGAUCAUGGUUGGUGACAGCCUCAAGGAUGACAUCGUUUGUGGAAAGAGAGCAGGAGCAUUCACUUGCCUACUUGACGAAACAGGGCGAUACGGCCCCCACGAUUCUUUGGCUGAAGAUGUUAAGCCUGACUUCAUGGUGUCUUCACUCCCCGAAGUACUGUCGGUGCUGGAGGAGCAUUUCGAUCUGGCUCCAGUGUCUGUCGCCGAGAGUAGAAUAUGA